CGACCACCAACACCUCCGAACUCAUCCCCUCUAAGCCAUGGGCCUAACAAUUUCCUCCAUCUUUAGCUCACUGACAUCGCUGGUGAAGUGGAGCAAAGAACAGGAUGUACGAAUACUCAUGCUCGGUCUCGACUCAGCUGGCAAAACUACUAUACUGUACCGGUUGCAGAUUGGCGAAGUCGUGUCAACAAUUCCGACUAUUGGCUUCAACGUAGAAACAGUACAAUAUAAGAACAUUAAAUUUCAAGUCUGGGAUCUGGGUGGACAGUCUAGCAUCCGACCAUAUUGGAGAUGUUAUUUCCCAAACACAUCCGCCAUCAUAUAUGUCAUUGACGCUUCAGAUCACGCUCGCCUCCAGACGUCCAGAACUGAGCUGCUGACAAUGCUCUCGGAAGAGGAGCUUUCAGGCGUCCCCCUUCUUGUGUUCUGCAACAAGCAGGACGUGGACGGCGCCUUGAAGCCUGAAGAAGUUAGCGACAAGCUUGGCCUUGCAGGUGGAGAGACGUCGCGGCAGUGGAGUGUGCGCGGUAGUUGUGCCACUCGCGGUGAGGGCCUUGAGGACGGUUUAGACUGGCUCGUCAAUGCAAUACAGAAGAAGUAAAUCCUCGUGCAUACAACCCAUAUACUCAGACACUUAGUCACUUACCAACUUUUGGACGGACAACUUGGAAUAUCUACGAUUCAUACGGUAUUAAUAGUGGACAUGCUAAUGUCGACGCGCUCUUGCUGACUUGACCACAUAAUAACAUGGAUCAAACCAAGGCGUCAAGUACAAGCAGCCUUCGGGGCCAUGAGUCCCGCGCUUGCAAUG